AUGUCUGGCGCACCUGGUCCGCGGCCGACGCUCGACCAUAUCGUCAUACUCGUGUCACAGGACACGCUCCAGACUAUCCCCGAUCGGCUCCGAGACGUGCUCGUCGUUGCCCCGGGGGGCAUCCAUGCCGGCGGGCUCACGUCCAACAAACUCAUCCUCCUGGCCGAUGGCGUCUACAUCGAAUUCAUCGCCUUUUUCGACGGCGUUGACCCCGAGCAACGGAGGCGACACCGCUGGGGAAACCUAAAGGAGAACAGCAUCAUCGACUGGGCGUACACGUUACCCCACGAAGGCGGCUUCGGGGCUGUGCAGCAACGUGUCGCCGAUGCGCAAGCAGGCUACACCUACGACGAUCCGGUGGCCGGCGGGAGAACGAAGCCAAACAGUACGACGAUACGGUGGGCCGUCGCCACUGGACGGACAAGCGAUGGGAGCCCGUCCUGGCCCGGAUGGAUGCCGUUCUGGUGCCUGGACCGCACGCCGCGGAAUCUACGGGUGCCGUAUGAAGAACAUCCGGAGCAGGUACAUCAUCCGUGCGGCGCGAGAGGCGUUUCGUCGCUAUCGCUGGCGGUACCCUGGCAGCAUCUCACGCCGCUCGGCAAGGUGUACGAUGCCGUCCACAACGCGCCGAGCACCGUGUCGGUAUACGGGAUAGAGCGGUACUGGCAUUUUGGGGUCCCGUCCGAGUCGACCGAUGGAAAGCAUGCCAUCUUGCUGUCGGGGACAGACGGCGCAUCCGGGAUGCGACUCACCUUGCAGGGAGACGGGCGAGGGCGGACCUCGCUGGAGCUGUUGCCGGGAUUACUCGUCGAGGUGGAGUGA